AUGGCAACCACGACAGACAGUCAAGGCAACAAAAUUCUGCAAAGCCAUGCAAACCUUAGUUUGACACCUUUUUUAAAUGCAUCACUCCCCUUUCACCAUCACAUGAACAAUGCUCUGCUAGGAAUUCUCCUGGGUACACUGUCUCUACUGACAGUCAUCAUGAACAUCCUGGUCCUGCUUGCAGUGAGAAAGGAACGCACCUUGCACACUGUGGGGAACCUUUAUAUUGUUAGUCUCUCCCUGGCAGAUCUCAUUGUUGGGGCAACCGUAAUGCCCCUGAACCUGGUCUAUCUGCUCGAGGAUGCAUGGAAGCUAGGUCGCGUUGCGUGUCAGUUCUGGUUGGUGAUGGAUUAUGUGGCCAGCACUGCUUCCAUCUUCAGCCUGUUCAUCCUGUGCUUGGACAGGUAUCGGUCUGUGCGACACCCAUUGAGGUAUCUGAAGUACCGCACCCGAGGGAGGGCCACAUUGAUGAUCUGUGGCGCAUGGCUGCUCUCCAUGACAUGGAUCGUUCCAAUUCUCGGCUGGCGUGUGUUCGCUCAUGUAGACAGGAAGCCAGAGCUAGAGAGCAAGUGUGACACAGAUUUUCGCUUUGUGACCUGGUUUAAAGUCCUCACUGCCAUCCUCAACUUCUACAUCCCGUCCUUUCUGAUGCUCUGGUUCUACUCGCAGAUUUUCAUAGCUGUGCGGGAACAUUACAAACAGUGGGAAAGCCUCACUAGUCCCAGGGUACAGACAGAUGAAGAUGGAACCAUACAAAACUCAAAUCAACUACAGAGAAGUUUCUACAGAGCUUCAGAGAAAGAAACCCUGGCCUUACGAAUUUACUCUCAAAAUGAAGGUAUGCUGGAUCAAUAUACUUUGGAACAGCAGUUUAACUCAAAGGACACACAUGAGGAGAACAGUGACAUCUUGGCUGAGAAAAAACCUAAAAAGCGUAAAACCUCCUUUUUUAAUAUUUCAAAACAUAAGAUAAAAAAUGUGAGGGAUUCAAAUGAGAUUUCUUCUGUAAGUCAGGAGGAAGACAUUGAAGAUGACACAUCCUCAAAACAGCCAUCUUUACCUUUGGGGUUUUUGCAACAUGAGGAGAAUGCUGAGCUCAGAAUGUUUGUAUCUGUUAAUGACUGUAAUGUAUUAGUGCCAAAUUCUGUUGCUAAUAUUUGUGAGAUAACAUCCACCACUGAUGUUCACAAGUACACCACAGUUCUUUGUAAUGAUGAAGUCGCAGAGUCACCUACUUCUCCAUGGGGACAUAAUGGUAGUCCCCAAAUGGAUGCUAGCAAUGCUCUCACACUGAAACAAACAUGGCAGAGGUUCUGUGUGCAGUCCAGGCAGUGUGUUGAGAACAUGCGUGUGCACAAAGAACGUAAAGCCGCAAGGCAACUCGGUUUCAUCAUUGGAGCUUUCAUGGUUUGCUGGAUCCCGUAUUUCAUCACGUUCAUGGUUAUGGCUUUGUGCAAAACCUGUGUUCAUCAUGACCUCCACAUGUUCACUAUUUGGUUGGGUUAUAUCAACUCCACCCUGAACCCUUUUAUCUAUCCACUUUGCAAUGACAAUUUCCAGCGAGUGUUCAAAAAGAUAUUUUGUGUCAAACAGUAAGGUUUUGCCAUCCUAAUUUUUGAACUUGUAGCAGCCAAGUGUUCUGUUUAAAUGUAAGCCUCAUGCUCUUAUGUUGACUUUAUGUGCUUGAUUGAAUGUUUGUGGUGGCCUUGUGAAAACCUUUGAAGAUCAUUGUCCCCUUUGGCCUGUUAUGUUGUUGAAUCCAUAUGUUGGAGCUAAUUAAAACCACAAGAUACAGUGCAUUACAGUGAUUUUAUCAUAGGUAAAGGUGUUUUAGGAAUGGUGCAAAGCACCCUUACACAUGAUAAAAUCGCUAUAAUGCACAGCUUCUCAUAGCUUAUUGCUUUUAUUAAGCAUUGACAGAAACAAUAUUAUAAAAUUCACCAGAGUUCAAUAAAUAGUUUGUUAUUAACAAUAUUGACAAUAAAACAAUUCUUCUGCCAGGCAAUGUCUGCUAACAAGCUUUUGUUGCUAAGCAAAAAAGCAGCAAAGAUUAGUUCAUCCAGUGAUCGCAUUAAUACAAAAUGCAGUCAUUAUCAGGUGGUUAUAAGUAUGCAUAUAUCAAGGAUUUUACAAAGGCUUCUAACAGGCCUCAGCCAAUCAGAUUUUAGGAUUGAAACCACCCAUUUUAUAAAGUGAAUUUUGUUUCAUGGCUUCAGAGAUAUAGCAUCUUUGAACAGUGUUACUGUGCAUUUGGAAUGUU